AUGACGCGACAGGGGGCGCGGCGCGGCGGCGGCGGCCAAUGGCGGGCGGCCCCGCUCGGAGGCCCCGCCCAGGCAGCCGCCGGCGGGAGGGGGGCGUUAAAGCGGCGGCGCGGCGGGGCCGGGCUGGGUGCGGGCCGAUGGAGUCGGGCGGCGGCACGAAGUGGGGGGGGCGGUGGCUGCUUCCUGUACUACGCGUACGGCAGCAACCUGCUGCAGGAGCGGCUGCUGCUGAGCAACCCCUCGGCGGCGCUCUGCGCCGUGGCACGCCUGCAGGAUUUUAAGCUCGAGUUUGGCCAUCAUCAAGGCAGGACAAGUUCUGUCUGGCAUGGAGGUACAGCUACCAUUGUUCAGAGCCCUGGAGAUGAAGUAUGGGGAGUACUGUGGAAAAUGAACACUAGCAAUUUAAGUUCACUGGAUAAGCAAGAGGGAGUUGAAGAUGGCAUUUAUGUCCCAAUAGAAGUUGAUGUCCACACUCAAGCAGGAAAGGUACUGACCUGUCGAAGCUACCAGAUGAAGGACUAUGUCUGUGGUCGCCCUUCUCCUCAGUAUAAAAAGGUUAUCUGCAUGGGUGCAAAACAGAAUGGCUUGCCAGCUGACUAUCAGAAGAAUUUAGAAGCUAUUGAAACCAAUAACUAUGCAGGACCGGUGCCAAUCAUGGAAGAGAUUGAAGCUGCUAUUAAAGCAAAGAAAAUAAAUUCUGCAUAGAAUACCUCUGCACUUGCUUGGCCAUUCACCUUGAUUUAGAUACCUCUCCUCAUUGUGCUGAUCAGCAGUUUCUUUAUUUAUCAAGAAAAGAUGAGUUUGCUGUGCAUCUACAGUAAGCCAUUAGACAUAAUUUGCAGUCUGAAGACACACUGACAUUGGUAACUUCUUUGCUUUGUAUGUAUAGCUUGAGUACAUGCUGAAGUUUUUGCAGAUUUAGAAAUUAUAUUUCUGUAAUUGUCAUGCAGUGCUGCAUGCAAAUUUGUGCUUAGUGUCCUGUUUACUGACACUGUAAAGACAAAGGCUAUCUUGAUGAGUAUUGGCAUCUGUUGCCUUCUGAGGAAUAGGGCUGCAGGAUCAGGCCCUUUGUUCUUAAAUGUUGUAUACACAAGUAUCAAGAAUUUCAAAAAUUUGUUAUAUGCAAAUAGGCUCAAAACUCUUAAACCAAGACUAAACUUCUUCCUCUGCUGCUUCUCUCAAUGGUUUAAAGCCCAACCUAUCUGAAGCUAUGGAGUUCCUUUUUCUGUUUAUAUAGUUAAGAAAGAAAAGUAAUAUUUUUUUAACUAUCUCCAUGUUUUUAAGUGUUAGUCAAAAAGGCAACCCAGGCCUGAAGACAACAUUCAGCAAAGGAUCUCAUUCAAAGCAUAAUGGCCUCUUCCUUUCUAUGUCUAGUAAUCAUCAUAGGUGAACUGGUUAGCUAUAACCAACAGAUUUUAAAUAAUACAUUUUAGUUAGAUAAUUCCAAGGUUUUUUAAAAUUACCUUUUUGACUGGCUUGUUUAUCUAGGCCUUGGUCUCAUGUCCAGUGAAGUCUCCUGUGAGUCCUAGCGCAUUUGUUUCAUGGUUUUGUCUAUUAAAUCUCAGAUGACUAGACUUGGCCUCUUUUUUCCCCACAGCUUUGACAAUCUCCUGCAAAACUGGAAGCUGUUGUAAGGUUUAGAGUACUUCUCUUCAUGGUGCUUGGCAACCCCUGUAGUUAGUCUGUAGGGGACAAGGAAAAAUUGGCAACCUGGAAGAUGUCAAACAACUGAACUUUGGCUUAUCAUCUGUACAGCAUUUUUGGGGGUUUUUUUCUUGAUGUACAGAGGGGUGUAAGAUAUAAUCAGUGUCACUGUGUGACUGCUUAGAUAAACAAAUGACAAAGUAACAGACUUACCAUGUCUUCUCUGCAUAAAAUUUUUCUGUAAACUUCUGCCAGGGAUGUAUGGGUGCUGUCCUGAUGUCAUAUGCCCUUUUCCAGAGCUGGGCAUGGUACUUUCUGUAUAACCACUGUCUAGUCUGAAACUGAGUAAAUAAAACUGCGAUUACCAAACCUC